CUUCAGUUCCUCACUCUCCUCCUAACUCGGCUCAGUUCAUCGACCCAUCUCGUCGGGAAGUAUCGUUCUUAAACUCCGACAGAUACAAGUCUCCUGUCAGUGCGCGGCCAGCCACCCGUUAAGGCCCUACCCUUGUUCCCUCUCUUCUGUCAUAUUCCACCCGCAGCAAGCAUAAAUGCUCGCUGUGAAAGACUCCCUUCCCUCCUUCCCUCAACUCAUGGAGUCACUCGGUCAUCCUGAAGAGCCUGCCCCUGUCGUGUCCAUCUCCUCCACCGGCACGACCGCGUGGCGUAACCCACAACCUGUGAUCGACGAGGACGCUGCGUCGGACACGAGGAGCACGACUUCCUCUCGGUCGCCGCGUGCCAGCCCGGUCAUCCCCUCCCGCCCUCCGAGUCAGCUCCGCGACGUCCAAAGGAAAAAGAGCAGGUCGCCUACCGGAGGACUGGCCAGCAAGGAGAACCAGGGAAGGCACAGGUUCGCGCCGUAUGGUGGGCGUGCGGGAGGUUUCCCGUCUAUCAAUAUCGAUAAGGCGAAUAAGACUGCUGAGAAGGCUCUUCCCACUCCCCCAAUCUCCCAGUCCCUGCGUCGUGCCAAUCGUCCUCAACCACUCGCUCUCGCACCCCGCUCCAAUAACCCCGAUAUCGCCCCUGCGCCCAUUUCUGCUCUUCUGCGAUCACACAUCUCCCGUGCUUCAUCCGCCGACAUCGCUGGCGGACUUGCACCGCACACUGCGUCCCCACGCAUUUCAGGCCAUGCAGCACACGCACCGCGUUCACCUAUGAACCCUAUGACACCAGUGUCGAUACCGACACUCCCACCGAAUCUUCCUAUUUCUCCCAUUUCAGCGCAGUUCAACAAGGAAACUUACAGCAAGAGGGAAGUGGAGUCUCAGCCGCGGUCGGGUACCCCGGCUAACGCUACUGUCGCUCUCUGAUAUCCGAUCGUUUCAUCUCUGUCUCUCAUUAUUCCUUUUUUAUCGCGUGGUAGAGCAGCCUGCGGCUGCACUGGGCCGUUUAUACACAAAGGGACUCCGUCAUUUCCUCUUUCCUCUCUCUGUCUGAUCGAAAGCAUCUGCCUCGCGAUAACCCGCUGUAUCUUCAUACCUCAUCGGUCUGCUGCUCCUCUCUGCAAUCUCGAACUGUUCCCUGGCCGUUCCUUCCAUACUGAUUAUCCUCUCUGAAUACAUUUUGA